AUGGCUAUCUUCAAGUUGGCUAAGACCAUGCUCACGCCUUCCGGCAUGUUUCAUUUCCUUCCUUAUCUGCUGAUCGUCCCGAUCAUCGUCUUCGAGACACUGUCCCUGACGGGAUGCGUCUCGACGUCGCCUGCGAUUCCCAACAUCUACAUUGUCUCGCUGCGGCCGAACAACAACGCCACCGGGACCGCCACGCCCCAGGUCCGCGUCGGCUACUUCGGAAUCUGCGGCAUCAGCGAAUCCGGCACACGGUGCCAGUCGGCCUCGGGCCAGUCCGUCGACACGCUCGUGGCCAACCUCUUCCUCAACGGGACCUCUCCCUCUAACAACACCACCACCACCACCCGCGACACCCCCACCACCCGCGACAACACCACCCCGGACACGACCGAAAUCACCGACCUAGUCUCCACAGCCCUGGACCUGCAAUCGCGCAUCUUCAUCUCCGUCCUGGCCGGCGCAGCAGUGCUCUUCGUGCUCGGGGUGGCCGCGCUGUUCUUCCUGCGCCGCGACGUGCGCAGCACGGCCGCCUCCUGGGAGGGGCAGCCGCUGCACCCGCGCCGGUCCGCCACCAUCCGCCGCGCGACCUACGGCCUGCUGUGCGGGUCGGCCGCGCUCGCGUUCGCCGCCGGCCUCGCCACCACCCAGGCCGCCGGCGCGCUUGAGUAUGCGACCGCGGGGAUGAGCCAUGCGACUGUGCUGAUCCAUGCUGGGAAGACCAUGCAGGUGCUGCAGUGGAUUGCGUUCGGGUUUGAGGUGCUCUUUGUCGCGGCUGUGCCGUUCCUCGUGAGGGAGCGCGCGGCGGCCGCGGAGGGCGAGUUUAAGGGCGAGGCUUGA